GUCUUCCUCCCCCUCCCCUCCCCCCCGGCGCGUGCGCCUCUGCGUCUUCCUCCCCCGCCGCCAUGUCGGUGUUCCACGAUGAGGUGGAGAUCGAGGACUUCGAGUACGACGAGGAGACCGAGACCUACAGCUACCCGUGCCCCUGCGGGGACCGCUUCCUCAUCACGCGGGAGGACCUGGAGAACGGCGAGGACGUGGCCACCUGCCCCAGCUGCUCCCUGAUCCUGCGCGUCAUUUACGACCAGGAGCAGUUCAUGCGUGAUGAAGUCAUUGCAGAACCUUUGACAAACAAGGAGUUGAUUAAGUGCUGAUGAAUACAUCAUGAACUGGUGCUGCUUUAGAAUAAGAAAGGAUGGGGAUGGCAACUGUGGAAAGAGACAUGGUCGUCCUGGAAGUGCUCGCUGCUGUGAGAUGCAAGUGCAAUAACUGGCUGUCUUCAUAAGUUGAAUGCAAAUUUGCUGGGACAUCAAACACAUGAUGGGUUUUGUUCAAAAGGGUUUUAUACGUUUUAAAAAAAAACCCAUGUAAGUUGCCAUAUGUAUUCCAGAAGACUUGAGGAUUAUGAACCUAACUGACAGCAACUCAAUAUACAGAAGAAGUUGUGGAGUUGUGAAAUUACAUUUAUUUAGAGGUGGCUUCUUAGCCUGUGGAGAAAAGCAAGCUUUGUGUGGGCAUAUACCAGUGUGAAACGGCAUAGAGAGAUGAAAUAUUGGGAGACAAAAUUUAGAAGUCCCUAGGACAUAAUGCCAUACAGAAUUACAGUUUUGACACCGUGUGGUGUUGCCCAGGAUGUGGGCUUGUGUACUUCCAGCCCAUACUGCAUAUGGGGAAAACUAAGAGACCCAGAACCAAUGCUGUUGGCAAAUUGGUUUUACUGUUGUAAGCGCGAAGGUGCGUUUGUAUUUAUAUUGGCAGUGGGUGGGGGCAACACCUGAGGUGGGCAAAUUUGUUUCUUAAAUUGCAGUUGCUUAGAAACAGCUUUGGUAGUUGCUGUUAUCAAAUGACUCUCUGACAAAAUAGUGAUAUACUUCUUGGGGUGUUGUGUGAAAUUAAACAAAAGGAGUCGAACAUUUUGCCCCUGCAAAGCUAGUAAUGUGCAAAUGGACCUGAACUUGGAUUGUGAUCUAUGUGUAUUUUCUCAACAACUUUGAUGUGACUGUUGCAGCAAAUAUAAAAUGGGCUGCAGUUCUUUGUGCCAUUUGUAGGAGUAUGUUUGCUGAAUUUCUCAGUCUUCCUUUUUUAGGUUCUGUCACUUCCUGAAUAGGACAGGCACAGAUUUCACUUAAGAAAAAUGAAUUUUUUGGGGUAGAAAAAGAGUUGGAAGAAUAUACUUCAAAGUACAUUGAUUCCAAGACUACUUCUUGUAUUACGAGUCACUGCAUUUAAAUACCUGUUUAAAAUUAUGGACAUUCAUGUGUUUUAGUAGGAUUUGACAUCUGUGAAGUUAAAUUUUGGGAAAAAUACUUGUGUAGAGUUUAUAUAAUUAUUUUACUUUAGGCACUAAAGAUAAGCAGGUUGUACUGACCUUGAAUUUAACUAUUUUUGUUCUUACAACAUUCUGUGAAUGUUGAAGAAGAAUAUUCUAAUUAUUUAUGAAAAAGAAAAAAAAAGGAAAAAAAAAAAAAAAAAAGGAAGAAAGCUACAACUUAUGCACAACUGUCUUGGUUUGGGCUGGAAGACCUCUUCCCUGAUACCAAAAAAAAACCCACCACUCCCUCAAACCCAGGACAACAACUUGGAGUGUUUUCACCAGAAGGUGGCACUCAUGUUACUUCGAUAUCAGUGCUUUUUAAAAAAAAAAAAAAAAAAAGGCAGGCUGUGGUACUUCGGUUAGCUACAUCUUAUCAAAUAUUUAUUUUGAUUAUUUAAAUAAAGAUAUUUAAGAAUCCACCAGUGGUUAUAAUGGACCAUUGCUUAUUCUGUUUGUGCACCAGACACAAUGGUUUCUAGAGCUGUUGGGUUGCUGCUGUGGUCAUGAUAGUGGAAUUUCUUCAGGUUAGCAAAUAAAAAGUGUUUCAGUCUGUCUAUAGACGUUAUAAAGCAAAUCUACAGGAACCCCUUUUGAGAUCCUGUUCAAAUUCAUACCGCAUAAAUAUCUUAAGGAUUUUUCCACAAGUAUUUUACUCAGUUUUAUGUAAGUUUCAAGCGGAACACCAGGGAAUGUGUACUCUGAUGUAAUUAUAUCAACGUAAAUUGCCAGGUGUAGCAUCUCUAAACGUGCAUAGAUUUUUACCCAAGUAAUGUGACCAGAUUUCACUUUAUAAUGAAGGUAGGGCACUGUCAUAAAGACUUCUGUGACACUUGCGUAAAGAAUUAUCUAUACUCCUUAUGGUUGAAUUCCUCCAUGGCUAUAAAAAGUGUUAAUGACUUGAAUUUUACUUGGUGUGUGCUAAUACAAGCUUUGAAGUGA